AUGCGCGGCGGCGGCGGCGGCAAGCCUCGGGGCGCCAAGUUCCUCAACAAGUCGCGGCAGACGGUCACGCUCGGCGAGCGCACCAACAUCUCGCACGACACGGUGCGGUUCCGCUUUGUGCUCCCGGACGCGACCCCGGUGCUCGGCCUACCCGUCGGCAAGCACUUCAAACUCUUUGCGCCCGCGCCAAAGGGAGUCAUCGAGCGCAAGUACACGCCGACGACGUCGGACGACGAGGUGGGGUACGUCGACCUGGUGAUCAAGGUGUACAAGGGCGGCGUGAUCGACCGCUUCCCGGACGGCGGCAAGAUGUCACAGGCGCGCCCGGCUCUCGCCCGCCCGCAGUACAUGGACUCGCUCAAGGUCGGCGACACGAUGGACAUCCAAGGGCCGAUCGGGAUGCACGAGUACCUCGGGGCCGGCCGGUUCAAGAGCGGCAGCAAGGAGCUGGCCUGCAAGCGGCUGGGGAUGAUGGCGGGCGGGACCGGCAUCACGCCCAUGCUGCAGGCGACGGCCCCCAACCCGCUCCUCCUCCUAUCCCCUCUCCUCUCCUCCCCCACACCCCUUCUCCUACCCUCCUCCUCCUCCUCCUGUCAUGGCGGCCAUCCUCAAAGACCCGUCAGACAAGACUCAGAUCUCGCUGCUGUACGCCAACCAGACAGAGUGCACUACACGCUCGACCGGCCGCCCGCCGGCUGGAAGUUCUCGUCUGGCUUCAUCACCGAGGAGAUGAUCUCGGAGCACCUGCCCCCUCCCGCCGACGACACACUCGCGGCAGACAGUUCAAGGACACGUCCGCGACACCCCUGCAGGUGCGGCCCGCCGCCCAUGAUCAAGUUUGCGUGCAUAGCCAACCUCGACAAGCUCGGCUACAGCAAGAAGUCGUACGUCGCCUUCUGA